CCUCCCAAUCAUGUGAUUCAGGUGUUCCAAUCCCCUCCAUAUCAUGUGAUUCAGGUGUUCCAAUCCCCUCCAAAUCAUGUGAUUCAGGUGUUCCAAUCCCCUCCCAAUCAUGUGAUUCAGGUGUUCCAAUCCCUUCCCAAUCAUGUGAUUCACGUGUUCCAAUCCCCUCCCAAUCAUGUGAUUCAGGUGUUCCAAUCCCCUCCCAAUCAUGUGAUUCAUGUGUUCCAAUCCCCUCCAUAUCAUGUGAUUCAGGUGUUCCAAUCCCCCCCAUAUCAUGUGAUUCAGGUGUUCCAAUCCCCUCCCAAUCAUGUGAUUCAGGUGUUCCAAUCCCCCCCAUAUCAUGUGAUUCAGGUGUUCCAAUCCCCUCCUGAUCAUGUGAUUCCGGUGUUCCAAUCC